AUGAGUGCGAUACCAAGACCGCCCAAGGGCCACUUUAACGUACUGUUCUUUGCCAGCGCUGGCUCCUUCACAUCCAAAGAGCACGAGGCCUUCCCAGCCCCAAUGUCUCUCAAGAAGCUUUUUGAUGUACUCGAAGAGAGGUACAGUGGUAUCAAAGAGAGGAUUCUAGAGUCAUGUCUGGUGACGGUCAACCUUGAAUACGUAGAUCUCCCCGGCCCUGAUGAAGGUGAUGGACUGGAAGUUCAGGCAGGCGAUGAGGUAGCCAUCAUCCCUCCCGUCAGCUCGGGAUGA